AUGGCCAGGAGUAUUCGCUCCUUUUCAUUGAUUCCUAUCGUAUUGGACAAAACGGCCCAGGGAGAAAGAGCAUACGAUAUUUACUCACGCCUAUUAAAAGACCGCAUUAUAUGUCUGAUGGGUCCAAUCAACGAUGAGAUCGCCAGUCUAGUUAUUGCUCAGCUCUUAUAUUUGCAAUCAGAAGACAAGAAGCUUCCAAUUCAUAUUUAUAUAAAUAGUCCCGGCGGAGUUGUCACUGCUGGUUUGGCUGUGUAUGACACCAUGCAGUACAUUAAACCUCCGGUAGCUACGUGGUGUGUUGGACAAGCUAGUAGUAUGGGGUCGUUGCUUCUGGCUGCUGGUGCACCCGGUCUGCGAUUUGCACUUCCUCAUUCUAGGAUCAUGGUUCAUCAACCAUCAGGUUCUGCACACGGUCAAGCAUCCGACAUCAAGAUACAAGCCGAGGAGAUAAUCAAAAUGCGAAAGGUUCUAAAUUCGAUCUACGAGGUUCAUACUAAACAACCUUUGGAGGUAAGCCCAUUCAUCCCUUCGUGCAAAUAUUCUCUUCUCGAUCAAGGGAUGCCUAAAAUCUCUGAUUCCAUACUAACCGAAGAGAAAAGUAAAUGA